AUUAAAAAAGUUUAAACAAAAUCUCGUUAUAUAUUGUAAUUUCAUACGCCGAUCGUUUGUAUUAAUAACCAUUGUUUCUUUUUUUAAAGAUUAAAAUAAAAAGAGAGAUUCUGGAUGAGAUCGAAAAUUUUUCGGUCAACGAUGAGUUAGAUAUAGAACAGCAUGUCAAGAACAAACCAUUGGAAGAAGUAUCACGGCAUGAAAAUUCCGAACAAAGCCAAGAAUCGGACUGUCAAAGAAAUGCAAGCGUUUCACUUUCUCAGAGACAAAUGGACAAGUACACUAACUUAAAGGAAUACAUCGUGGCACUGACAAGAGGGAAGCUUUUAAUGUGCAACGUCUGCAGGAUCGAAUUUCCGAACGAGGUCGAGUUCAAGACUCACAUGAUUGGACAAAACCAUGGGAAACUUUUUCAAUGUGGAUUUUGCUGGAAGCAAUUCUCUAAAUCGUCAACCUUAAAGAAUCACCUGCAUAUGCAUUUUAUUCCGAAGUCUUUCGCGUGCAGACAAUGCGAGCUCCAAUUUCAGACAAAGCAAACAUUGAAGAAACAUCAAACUGAAGCGCACUUCGACAGAAGAGUAUUCGAGUGUCCCAUCUGCAAGAAAAAAUUGCUACGUUAUCAAUCGCUACGCGAUCAUAAAUUAAUGCACAUUAACGCAAGAUCCCAUAAAUGCGCGAUCUGUGGCAAGAAUUUCUCGAAGCCUAGUAGUCUCCGGACCCAUAUGAUCGUCCAUACCGCGGACUUGCCGUUCGCGUGCGAUCUCUGCCCAGCAAAGUUCAAGAGAUCGUCGGUGCUGAAGACGCACAAACUGACGCACACGGGCGUGAGAAAAUUCGAGUGCGACAUCUGCAAGCAUCGUUUCCAUCUGAAAGGCGCACUGAAACACCACAUACUUGCGCAUUACGGUAUCAGACCUUAUAAAUGUGAAGAUUGCGGCAUGAGCUACAGAAGAUCUUGGGGUCUGAAAGUGCACAGAUAUCGACAUACUGGCAUAAAGCGAUUCGAGUGUGAUUUUUGCAAACUACGCUUCAGUGUGAAAACAAAACUUGCAAAUCAUAUUUACACGCAUACUGGCGAGAAACCUUAUAAGUGUAAUAUCUGCGGACGUCAAUAUGGCGAAAGAUAUCAAUUGAAGGCGCACAAAUGUAUGAUAUUACAGGGCAAUCCAUUGAAAUUGAGAAUUACUUAAAUUUCAUUUUUUCAAUCAAAAUUAAGUUGAGCUGUUUGAUAAAAAUUAAAUUAAGAUUGAUGCAGUAUUAAGCGGUGAUAGUACAAUAAAGUGCAAAGAGAUUAUCAACGCAUAUUGUAUAACUUGUAAAUUUAAAUCUUUAUAUUAAAAACUUACUUGAUAUAUUAAAAUAAUAAUACAAAUAAUUCAAAUUUGUGUAAAAAUUAAUUGGCAAUAAAAGUGUUGGAAGUAUUUACAGUCGAGGAUUUCACGGUACAAUUUUAGAAUCUAGAUAUUGUCCGCGUGAUUAAUUUAAUUACUGCCGAUCGCAAUUGUUUGUAAUAAGCCUCAUUCUUCGGCUUGAUACAAUGGUUGGCCACUUCAUUCGUGAUCAAAUCUAUCCUCAUCGACCCAUCCGCGUUUGCAUGCCUGUGAAGCUUAAUAAAGCAUGGCCUUAAUAAGCACUUCGCCGCAGAACAAAACACCGAUUAAUCCCGAACUGAACCGAUACGGAUUGGUUUCGAGCUCGAAGCUGCCUGUCGACUGGCGCAGGAUAGGUCGUCGGCUUAGGUUCGUCAUCAACUAUCGUAUAUAAUCACAGUCUUUAUUCGAUAUUGCUCGAACGUGACCGCCGGGAUCGUUGAACGGUGCAGCAAAAUUAAUGCAACUUUCGAAGACGUAACACAGUCCUUUGAAAAUAAUUAUUUACUUUCGAAGGCAUAUACUCACGUUUCACAUUAUAACGGUGCAGUCGUACUUAGCGCGCAAUCUGGCAAAAAUCUUUUACGUAACUUACAUAAAAAAAACAAAUUUUGCAAUACAAAUAGCUUACGUAAUUUUUUUAUCAGCAAUAUCUAAAACUUAAGCCUUUUCUCUUGAUCUUGUAAAAAUUUACGUUGUCAGGUAUAUGCGAAAUAAAUCAUAUGCUAUUAUAAUCAGAUCAUCUCUACUGAUUUCAUAAAUAAAUGUUUUUGGUGAUAGUUAAAGACAUAGGUUAAGUAGUAAUUUUAUUUAGAUUGUUUCACAAUUUUUUAAACAAAUAAUUUUAAAAUAAUUUUAAUUUUUAAAAUAAAAAAGAAGCUAUUAAUUUCCUGAAUAUAAGAGUCAUGUUAUUAUCUGAAAUAUUAAUACAUCUCUUUGGCGACCGCCUCGAGAGUAUCUCGAGCACGUGAGUUCUGCUUAUGUCGCCGCAUGUGAGAAUGAUGCUUUAAGGUGCGUGGACACAACAGGGGCUUGUAACGCAGUACACUGAAAUGUUUCGCUUCUUAUCAGAUCGCAUCUCUGCGAUUCGCGUGCCUCACAGCUAAACUCUUUGACAGUGCCGACACGUAUCUGCCUUCUGACCCCGUUUCUCUAUUUCGACGCAACAGGAAACAAGCAAAAAAGAAAAUCUCUUUGUCAUUUAAAUUAUAUUUUCAAUGAUAAACUUUUUGAAGGAAUAACACGAAAAAUAAUAUAAUAACGAUGUAAUGCAUAAUGUUUAAAAUAUAUUUUAAACUUAUUUUUAAUUCAUUGACAUAUGCAUAUUACUGCGGUAUUAAAAAAAUA